AUGUCAGAUUUUUUAAACAAAGGUAUAGAUUUGGUACAAAAGGCCAUUGAAGCUGACACUGCAACAAAAUAUGAUGAGGCAUACAAACUGUACUACAACGGCUUGGACUAUCUCAUGUUGGCUAUCAAAUAUGAGAAGAAUCCAAAAUCAAAGCAACUGAUUAGAAACAAAUUCACAGAGUACUUGUCAAGAGCAGAAGAACUGAAAGAGCAUUUGGAUAAACAGGAACAGACAACCCAAUCUGGUGAAAACUCAGCUACUAAUGGAUCCGUCAAGGCUAAGAAGGCUGGAGGUGGACCUGAUGGCGAUGACGACGAUAACAAGAAGUUGAGGGGUGCUUUGUCCAGCUCCAUUUUGAGUGAGAAACCUGAUGUCAAGUGGUCGGAUAUUGCUGGUUUAGAAGCUGCCAAAGAUGCUUUAAAGGAAGCGGUUAUACUACCUGUCAAAUUUCCUCAUUUAUUUACAGGGAAGAGGAAACCGACCAGUGGAAUAUUGUUGUACGGACCUCCUGGUACAGGUAAAUCUUAUUUGGCUAAAGCAGUUGCGACGGAAGCUAACUCUACAUUCUUUUCUGUGUCAUCUUCGGAUCUAGUAUCCAAGUGGAUGGGAGAGAGUGAAAGAUUAGUAAAACAGUUGUUCAACAUGGCACGAGAAAACAAACCUUCCAUUAUUUUCAUAGAUGAAGUGGAUGCUCUGUGUGGUCCGAGAGGGGAAAAUGAGAGUGAUGCUUCCAGAAGGAUCAAGACAGAGUUACUGGUUCAAAUGAAUGGUGUUGGCAACGACUCUGAUGGGGUACUAGUACUUGGAGCAACAAAUAUUCCAUGGCAAUUAGAUGCUGCCAUAAGAAGACGUUUUGAAAAGAGAAUUUACAUUGCGUUACCCGAACCUGAGGCUAGAGUGGAAAUGUUCAAGUUGAACAUUGGCAACACUGCCUGCGAAUUAGACAAUGAGGACUAUAGAACGUUAGCGUCCAUAACCGACGGAUAUUCCGGUCACGACGUCGCUGUUGUCGUUAGAGAUGCAUUAAUGCAACCGAUUAGAAAAAUUCAAAGUGCUACACAUUUCAAACCGACUGAAGAUGGAAAAUACACUCCAUGUUCACCAGGAGACGAAGGGGCCGUUGAAAUGAGCUGGAUGGAUUUAGAGACAGAGCAAUUGCAGGAGCCUGAGCUAACCAUGAAAGACUUCAUUAAGGCUGUUAAGAACAACCGUCCUACAGUGAAUAAACAAGACUUAGCACGGUUUGAGGAAUUCACAAAUGACUUCGGAUCUGAAGGUUAG